GGAAAAUAUAGCUGGAGUAGAAUGACUUUGAAAGCAUCGUAUCUCACAUAAAAUGCAAGGCAGCAACUUUAUUUAUCAUUUGCAUUUGAGUUCAUCAAUUCACGGAAUAAUUGGGAAUAGUGUGAAUGCUGCAGAAGUAUAAUGUGAAUUUGCGUGUUAUUUGAAAGAAUUUCGAGGAUUUUUUUUGAGAAGGGCUACAAGGUCAGCAAACAUGGAUAAUAUCCAUACACAACUCAACCUCUAUUCUGCCACCAGAAUGGCCCUAACUUUAGGACCCAGCCUUGGGUUCCUGCUUUACCUACACUCAUCUACACUAAACCAAAGGCCGGACAUCUUGGACAGAGAACACAGGGUUAAAGAUACACCGAUUGGACUACUCAAAGACACAUACGAUUUCAUCAUAGUCGGAGGGGGUAGCGCUGGUUCAGUCUUAGCCAAUAGACUCAGCGAAAACCCCUACUGGAACGUCCUAUUGGUCGAAGCAGGUCCGGACGAGAUCAGUUUGACAGAUAUGCCCUUGAUGUUUCCCAGCUUGCAACUGUCUCCCUUCGACUGGAAAUUCCAAACAGAGCCAGGAGAAAACUACUGCAAAGCUAUGGUAGGUGGCCGUUGCAACUGGCCAAGAGGGAAGGUGUUAGGAGGUUGCAGUGUACUGAACGCCAUGCUGUAUAUAAGAGGCAACAAAAAGGACUACGAUAGAUGGGCAGAUCAAGGUUUGCCUGGAUGGGGCUACGAUGAUGUUCUCCCAUAUUUCAAGAAAUCUGAAGACAUGAGGAUUGAAGAACUCAAAGACGAUCCCUAUCAUGGAACUGGGGGAUAUUUGACAGUGGAGCAUUUCAAAUAUCAUUCACCAAUGGCAAACUGGUUCUUGGAUGCCGCCAGAGAAAUGGGAUAUGAAGUAAGAGAUGUGAACGGAGAAUAUCAAACAGGUUUCACCCUAUCCCACGGCACUUUAAGGGAUGGUCUGAGAUGCAGUACAGCCAAAGCCUUCUUGAGACCCUGUUGUAAAAGACCAAAUCUUCAUUUCAGUCUGAUGACAAUGGCGGAGAAAGUCUUGAUAAACGAGGAUAAUCUUCAAGCUACAGGUGUUCUUCUGGAUAAGUUCGGAUUGAAGAAGAAGGUAUACGCAGAAAGAGAAGUCAUACUUAGCGCUGGAUCUUUACAGUCGCCUCAGCUUCUUAUGCUGUCAGGAAUCGGCCCAAAGGAGCACCUGGAAGAAGUAGGCAUCGAACCGCUGUUAGACUCUCCUUAUGUUGGGAGAAACCUCCAAGACCACGUAGCCUUAGGAGGAUGCACCUUCCUCUACACCCCUCCAGAAGAAUACACCAACAAGACAUGCGGAUUUGAACUGCCCAAAGUAUUCUCCGACGACACCAUCAAAUCCUUCGCGCAAAAGAAGGAAGGUCCAAUGUAUUGGCUACCAGAGUGCGAGGUUAUGGGUUUUGUGAACACUAAAUACCAAGAUCCAGAAGCUGAUUGGCCAGAUAUCCAGUAUUUCUUCGCCUCCUACGCUGAUAAUACGGAUGGCGGAUUGUUUAGUAAGAGAGCUGCUGGAAUUACUGAUGACAUCUAUUCAGCAGUGUUCGAGGAGAUCUUAUACAAAGAUGCGUUUAGCGUUAUUGUGCUGCUGUUGAGGCCGAGAAGUAGAGGGAAGCUGCUUUUGAAAGAUAAGAAUCCCAAGAGUCACAUUAAAAUAUUCCCGAAUUAUUAUUCUGACCCCUAUGACUUGGAUGUGGUGGUUGAUGGAGCCAAGUUGGCCUAUAAGAUGUUGACGUCUAAAGAAAUGUCCAAAUACAACGCGACCUAUAACCAUUACAGGAUUCCUGGUUGCCACCAUUACGAAUUUUUAUCAGAUGAAUACUGGGCUUGUCAAGCCAAGCACUACACACUUACCAUCUACCAUCCAGUUGGAACUGCCAAGAUGGGAAACGACACAGACGUGGAAGCCGUCGUUGACCCUAGACUAAGGGUUAGAGGGGUUAAAAACUUGAGAGUGGUGGAUGGUAGUAUAAUGCCCUACAUAGUGAGCGGAAACACCAACGCCCCAAUAAUAAUGAUUGCUGAAAAGGCAGCAGAUAUGAUCAAAGAAGACUGGGGAGUUUUAAAUCAAGACCAGGAAUACCAAGAUUCCAACGAAAUAGGAACUGAAGACAAUUCGGAAAAUGGUGGAGAUGUUUAUGUGGGCAGCAAAAAAGGUUCAAAGAAACAUGAACCAGUUAUGAAGAAGACUUCACCGAGGAAUGAAGAUCCCGAUUAUUGGUGAAGAAGAGCACCGAUAAUGAUAUCUUUUUUGUAAAUUGACGUUUAGAAUAAAUAUUGUUCCAGUAGAA